GCAAUGUCAGGGAAAAUGCACCUUAUGGCUUUUAAACAAGCUUGUACUCCUCAUUUGCUCAUGUGUGUGCUUUAUUUUGGCCUUUACCUCAAGAUAAUGGGAGAUCACAGACUGAGAAUUGCAUGUGUGCUUUGGAGGAUGGAGGGAUGCUUGUGUGUGAAGUCUGUUCUCAGUAUUCAAGGGGGGUCUUCGCUAUCUUCGGCCUUUACGACAAGCGUUCAGUAAACACGCUGACAUCGUUUUGUGGGGCCCUGCACAUCAGCCUAGUGACACCCAGCUUCCCCACUGAAGGCGAGGGCCAGUUCACGCUGCAGCUUCGGCCGUCCAUCAGAGGAGCUUUGCUGUCCCUGUUGGACCACUAUGACUGGAGCCGAUUUGUCUUCCUCUACGACACAGACAGAGGUUAUGCAAUACUGCAGGCAAUUAUGGAGCGAGCGGGGCAGAACGGAUGGCAGGUGAGUGCAAUCUGUGUGGAGAGUUUCAAUGAGGCGGCGUAUCGGAGACUCUUAGAGGACCUGGAUCGACGGCAGGAGAGAAAAUAUGUCAUUGACCUGGAGCCUGAGAGACUACAGAGCAUCCUGGAACAGGCUGUCAGUGUGGGGAAACAUGUCAAAGGUUACCAUUACAUCAUAGCAAACCUGGGUUUCAAGGACAUAUCUUUGGAAAGGUUCAUGCACGGCGGGGCCAAUGUGACCGGGUUCCAGUUAGUGGACUUCAGCAAGCCUAUUGUCAUAAAACUUAUGCAGCGCUGGAACAAACUCGAUCAGCGUGAAUACCCUGGAUCUGAAAGCCCACCUAAGUAUACCUCAUCUCUGACUUAUGAUGGUGUCCUUGUAAUGGCUGAAGCCUUCCGCACCCUUCGCCGUCAAAAAAUCGAUAUCAGUCGCCGUGGCAAUGCAGGUGACUGUCUGGCCAAUCCAGCUGCUCCUUGGAACCAAGGAAUAGAUAUGGAGCGUGCGCUCAAACAGGUGCGCAUUCAGGGCCUGACUGGGAAUAUUCAGUUUGAUCACUACGGUCGGAGGGUGAAUUACACGAUGGACGUGUUUGAACUCAAGAGCAAUGGCCCGCGCAAGAUUGGUUACUGGAACGACAUAGACAAACUUGUGUUGGUCCAGAAUGAAAAUGCUCUGUCCAAUGACAGCUCGGCUAUGGAGAACCGGACUGUUGUCGUGACAACUAUCAUGGAGGGUCCUUACGUGAUGCUGAAGAAGAACUGGGAGCUUUAUGAGGGCAACGACCAGUAUGAGGGAUACUGUGUGGACCUUGCCUCUGAGAUUGCCAAACACAUCGGAAUUAAAUACAAGAUCUCCAUUGUACCAGAUGGGAAAUACGGAGCGAGGGAUCCAGAGACAAAGAUAUGGAAUGGCAUGGUUGGCGAGCUUGUGUACGGGAAAGCAGAAAUUGCUGUGGCCCCACUGACCAUCACCCUGGUGAGAGAGGAGGUGAUCGACUUCUCUAAGCCUUUCAUGUCUCUGGGAAUUUCAAUCAUGAUCAAGAAGCCUCAGAAGUCUAAACCAGGUGUUUUCUCUUUCCUGGACCCACUGGCCUACGAGAUCUGGAUGUGCAUAGUGUUCGCUUACAUUGGCGUCAGUGUUGUGCUGUUUUUGGUGAGUCGCUUCAGUCCGUAUGAGUGGCAUGCCGAGGAACCAGAGGAGGGUGCCACGGAGCAGGGCCCCACUGACCAACCUCCAAAUGAGUUUGGCAUCUUUAACUCCCUGUGGUUCUCACUGGGAGCCUUCAUGCAACAAGGCUGCGACAUCUCACCACGGUCUCUAUCUGGACGUAUUGUUGGAGGUGUGUGGUGGUUCUUUACUCUUAUCAUCAUCUCCUCUUACACAGCCAACUUGGCUGCAUUCCUCACUGUGGAGAGGAUGGUUUCACCGAUAGAGAGUGCAGAGGACUUGGCCAAACAGACAGAGAUAGCCUAUGGGACGCUGGACUCAGGCUCCACUAAAGAAUUCUUCAGGAGAUCCAAAAUAGCUGUAUACGAGAAGAUGUGGUCAUAUAUGAAAUCCGCUGAGCCAACUGUCUUCACCAAAACCACAGCAGAAGGCGUGGCAAGGGUCCGAAAGUCCAAGGGGAAGUACGCCUUCCUUCUCGAGUCCACCAUGAAUGAAUACACGGAGCAGCGAAAGCCUUGUGAUACCAUGAAAGUCGGAGGCAACCUGGACUCCAAAGGAUACGGCAUUGCAACACCGAAAGGCUCACAGUUAAGAACCCCGGUAAACCUUGCAGUUUUGAAACUGAGCGAAGCAGGCGUCUUAGACAAACUGAAAAACAAAUGGUGGUAUGACAAGGGAGAGUGUGGACCCAAGGACUCUGGAAGUAAGGACAAGUCGUCCCAGGCUCUGAGCCUGUCCAACGUGGCUGGGGUCUUCUACAUCCUUGUGGGCGGCCUGGGCCUGGCAAUGCUGGUGGCCCUGGUCGAGUUCUGCUACAAGUCACGGGCCGAAGCCAAGCGCAUGAAGCUGUCUUUUUCUGAAGCCAUGCGGAACAAGGCUCGUCUGUCCAUCACAGGAAGUGUGGGGGAGAAUGGCCGCGUCCUGACGCCAGACUGCCCCAAAGCUGUGCAUGCUGGCCACGCCUCCCUCCGACACCCCGGCCUUGCAGUGGUCUCCUCUGGACUGCCCUGAAAACCAAAAAACACCUGCCGUGCCUUAACAACACACAAACAUACUAGGACUUCGACAAAGACCCAAACACACACUUACAUACAAAAAGAUCUAUAUAUAUAUUCUCACACACCCGCACGUACAUGAUCAUAGCAACAGAAGCUCAAAUAUUCAGAUACAGAGAAACACAUUUUUACAUGAAACACACACACACCGCAUCAUCAUUUCACAUUUCCUGCUGCCACUGACUCAUUUUACAGAAGACUGAUGAAUACAACUGUGGAGCGAACGGUGUAGAAACAGAGCAAUGGACAACUAUGGCGUCACACUUGCCUGCAGCAUUCUUUUCUUUUUAAUUUUCUUUCUUAUCUUUUUUUUUGAGAGGAUGCCAAUAUCGCGAGAUCAUCGAACCAACAGGAAAGCCAGCACAGAUUCCCAUGAACAAUGAGCUGUGAACACGACCAUAAAACUGAUCAUGAUGAUGACAGUGAUAAAGAUGAUGACCACAGCCGACGAGAGGAAAAAAAACAAAAAACAGACAACCAAACUACUUAGCUCCCACUCUCUCGUCAUUGGACAAUAAGCCACACCCCCUUAACAGCGCCUUACUAAGACGACAAACAUUGUUUUCAUCAUAAUCAUCAUCACGGUCGUCAUCAAUUUAACUUGCCUGCGAAGAGUGCCAGCUAGUAUAACCCUUAGAAGACCAGAAAACUGUAAGCUUGAACAUUUGGACUACUCAGCCAUGGACUGCUCAAAAUGAAUGAAAAUGCUUACAGAAUGGUUUCUCUCCCCAAACCAGCGAGUUAAUCGAUAUAGAACAGAAGUAACCUCCAAAACACAGACUACACAGGGGUUUGUAAAAGAAAAAAAAAACGUGGUAAUUCAUGGAGCCCCUCAUCAACAGCAUCAACAUGACAGUAGAAAUUCUAAAUAGCAAAGUGAUGAAUACUUAUUUUCCCGAGUGGGUGAGGUUGAUAAAUAGAGAAAAAAAAAAAAAAAGAAAUACAUGGGCAGAUCUCAAAUGGCUUCCUAACAAAGUGUUUCUCAGCCUGACAACUGGGAUCUUACAGACGUUUGCAGACGAAAUGAGCGAGACGUUUGAAAUACGUUGGGUAAAAAUCUUUAAAAAUGUGGGAAUGCAUUCAUUUUCCACUGUAAAAGGUAAAAGGAUAUUUGAACUAUAAAGGCCAACUUUGACAAUUUCCAAUUCAGUUCAACUCAAAUGGGCAGUUUGGUUGUUAUUUGAGAUCCUCCAUUUUUUCCAGUCGCUGGGAAAAGGUACCAUAUCAGAGAGCUUGCUUUUUAAAACUGUUGUAAAUAACUGCGUAGCAAAACAGAAUUCACCUGUCUUUUUUAAUCAUCUUAGAUAACAAUUCAUUGCAAUAAUGAAUAUAAAAAAUGCCACUACUUGUAAUUAAGAUGAAAUUUUUUUUAUAAAUCUACAUAUUAUAUAUAAUACAAAUAAAUAAAUAUAUAUAUAUAUAUAUAUAUAAAAGCCUAUAGAGAGCUAUAGAAAACAUUGAUCACUGAUUGUCAGAGGCCAUGGCAUACAUUCUGUUCAAUGGCUGUUUUUUGAUAACUUGAAAAUAUUGAAAUACCACCGUUUUCAUGUGUCCGAAACAACACUGAAUGUCCAUCUGGCACUCACAGAGACACACACAUGGAAACAUGCGCACAUACAUAGUUGCAUAGACGCGGUCGGCUCAAACCAUAGAACCAUUAGUUAUUCACUGCUUUACACUGUCUAAUAGUGUCUUUACCCCCCUCAAAUCUAUGUUUUGUUAGCUGCAAAGCCACUUGAAACAAUGUAAAAAUGCCACUGUUUAUGACUGUACGUAGAGGCGGUAGAUCAGUUUGACUGCUGUACUGCUGGGAAAUAGUUUGGGGCAUUUUCAAAAGUGUAGCACUAAUGGUGCUUUUAUUUUUUUUAAAUCACAUUUUGUCAUCGCGUUUCGUUCACAUUCAUGUUCAAACUGAACGGGUUUGCGCUUCAAUAAGUGGACUAUGUUUUCCCCUGAAUCUAUAUGGUACGGUACAUUUUUGGGGACCUGAAAAUAGAAAAAUGCAUAUUGCAUUACAGACCGGUGUGUAGGUGUUAGUGACAUCUGGCUGUCAGAUUGGAGACUGCAACCAGCAACAAACUUACAGUCAACGUCAUUUCAACAGAAAAACACAAAGGCCCUCUGGCAUUUGGUUGGUCCAAACCUGGCAAUAUCCAAUGAAGACGAGCUGCUUCCUGUGUAUGUAUGAAGGGCUCAUUCUAGAGUAAUGAAACACAGUCAUUCCCAGGUACAGGUUGUUAUAUAAUGAUGAAAACAUGCUUAAAGAAGCACUCUAAAUCCUGCACACUGAUCCUUUAAUAUCUGAGGAUAUCUUGGUAAAAAAAUAAGGGAAGUAAAUUAGUGCAGUUAUUAUACUGCAAUACAGCUAAAGCAUGAUGCUUAAGAUCUGUGUCAUAAUGCAGCCCGAUACUGUAUGUUUAUGUUUUUUGCCCUUCCAAUUUUGUUAUUUUAUAGUUUGUCCUUUACCCUACCUCUCACCUGCUUAGGCCAUCAUUGUUCCUUCCCCACGUUUUGUCUUGUCUUCCUUUGGCUCGUGUCUCCCCUAACAUGCAAAAAGCUCUGUACAUAGCACAUCUCAAGAAUGAUUUCUUGAAAAUAUUUCAAUUUCUUGCCCUAAUCCAAUGCAAAGUAACAGGCUAGAGAUUAAUCAAGAACCUGAGACACCGGUUGACAAUCUGAGUUUCUUCUAGCUCUGCGUUCUCAGCGUUGCUUUCCUUCUGUAUCAUAACCUUGUCUGUUGAACUCGCACCUCAUCUUGUAUUAGUCCUGCAUCAGAUCUAUUCAAGCCAAACAGACAAACACAUAAACAGAAAAGAACCUCUUGAAUCUACAUGUAUUUCAGACAACAGAUUUAAACUAUCCAUAAAUUUUACCAGUAAAGUAGAAAUUUUCUACUCACUUCUCGGCCGAGGGGAUCAGGAGCCUGCAGAAGUACUGCACCAAUCCAGCAUGAGAAAAAAUGCUCAAAUAGUGGGUUUCUUACAGUUAUCACUAAUCCAGCUCACUAGACCAGAAACACCAGACACUUCAACCUCACAUGAUACUGUUGCCUUUUCUUUCUUUUUUUUCAUUUAUUUUAUUUUUCACCACCAGAGCAUAAGAUUUUGUGCGAAGACAGCAAAAAGCUGACCGGUGGGUUGUCAAUGCUCUGGCUUUAACAGUUUCUUUCUUCCUUUAUUUCUUUCUUUCCAUCAGUUUUCUUUUUUCUAGUAAAACAUCAAUGCUCAAUCUCCUGUCUCUGUCUGUGCUUAUUUAUCCAGUAAUCUCAAUUCUACACCUCCAACAGCAGAACGGUGGAUUCAUUUUCAACCAGAUGAUGAAAUUGAUAUUGAUCGCUUUAUUUAAUGGUUUGUUUCACAAUGAAAGAUCCAUAGUCAAAUAUACUUAACUGGACUGAGGUAAGUACUAACUAAGCAGUAUGAAACAUGAGAAAAAAGCAACAUAGAAAGAAGGAAAGAAGAAAGCCAAGGAGUUCUACAGUUUGGACAGAUUUAGACAGACUCCCAACAAAAGUACUGGAUUAACUUUGGAAUUGCAAUCAACUUAUAGCCACAGUUUUCAGGGAUUCAGAAGUAACUGGAAAAAAUUUAAUUUUAUCAAUUUUAUUGUUUUUAUCUAUUUAUUUAUUUUACAUGAAAGUGAUUUGAACUCGAUCCCUGUAGUCUAGAAACCCUGAGCAUCACCAAAUGCUGUGUUUCCUCCCGUGAGAUGCUCUGUUGCUGCUUGUUUGUGGGUCUUUCUCCAUUUUUGUAUUUAAUAAUUGAAAAGCAUGCUCUACUCAUAUCAGGUGACUGACUUCACCAUUGAAAUAUACAGAUUUUUUAUUUUUUUUUGCCUUGAGAAACGCUUGGUUUUCUUGUGUAUGACUUGAGUCAUCAUCCUUUUCACUGUGAAGUGCUGUCCGUUCAAUUUUGCAGCACUUGGCUGAAUCUGAGCAACGAGAGUCAACAGCUCCACUGGCACUCAUACAUGCCCAUGCCUUAUCAUUGCCUUCACCAUGUUUGAUAGGUAAUGUGCUAUGUUUUGAAUCACGAGCUGUUUCUGUCAGUCUUUAUACUUUUCUCUUCCCAUCAUUUUGGUACAAGUUUAAUUUGGUUUAAUCUGUCUUUUAGACAUUUUAUGUCAAAGUCUAAUCUGAGCUCCUUGUUCUUGAGCAUAACCAGUGGUUUGCACCCUGUUGUAAACUCUCUGUAUUUAUAUUCAGGAAGGCAUCUGAUAGUCAACUUUAACAGUGAAAUUCAAACCUUCUUAAAAGUCUUCUUCACUUAGGUUGAUGUUGAGGUUUUCUUAACCAAGUAAAUAAUUUGCAUCUGCUUUAGCUGACACAUGUAGUCUUUUAGGUCUUUUUAAGACUAUAACAGAUCGCUGAUUUUACCACCCUUAAGGUUUGUCUAUCUCUCUGAUAGAUUUGUUUUUAUGGCCUAAUGAUGGCAUGACCUCAUACUGAGAGCUACAGUUAACAUCUACCAAAUCCAAAUUAAACACAACACUUGGAAUCAUCUACAGAUCUUUUAUCUGUAUAAUUACUUUUGAGCCUCAAUCACAUCUUCAGUCACAUAUUGAUUGUUAACUGUGGCCAGUUUUUUUGCCUCAGCUGCCACUGUUAUUUGAAGAGAUAAGAAAACAGAAUUCAAUUGACUGCAAUCUGUAUGUUGUUGAAAUCUCCCAAUUCUUUGAAUCUUUGGGCUGAAGGAAGGACAAUACUCGGUGUAUUUAUGCUCAAUCAACAAUCAUUUAUUUCCAUACAAUUCAACACUUAUGAGCAUAAGGACCAUCAUGAUGGGGAGAGCUGCCUGAAGAGGGUCACAGCAAGUCUCAAAAUGGUGACGGGUUGCUCAGCUUUUUAUAGUCUCUAGUGGCCCCCAUCUAGUCGUAAAAGCCAAAACAUCACAUUCUUUCUCUGUUACAGCGCCUAAGUUAUGACCUCGGCAGUUGUCUCUCUGCUUUCUGUAAGGUGGGGGUAUGGAAUGUGGUCUGUCUAUCUCCCCUGUCUUAGACACAGAGUC